UGGUCAGACAGAAUGGCUCCAGUGAACCAGCCAAAGGACAAGAAGCAUGAGAGGACACAUGAGUAUUUGUCGGAAGAGACAAAAUCAGCUGGGAAGAGGAAACCGGACUACAAGGAACUAGGGAAUGAGCCACUAGCAAAGAGGUUGUUUGUGAGAAAAACAUCCAAAUCCCCAGAGAAAAUCGGUUGGAGCAUAGGUGGGUCCACGGUGAGAAACAACAGAGUGCUUUUCCAUCAGCCAGAGCAGCAGCGCAGCAUUGUUCAUUAUGUCUACCAGAACAUGCUGGGAGGCUCCAUUCGGGCACGGCUCAGGCAGUGCCUGCAGGUGCCCUUUCUGCGUUCUCUUGCUUCAUACCGCAUCUUUCGAAUAGCAAGUCCCUUUGACAGGAGAGUGACAUGCCUGGAAUGGCACCCAACACACCCCAGUACUGUAGCUGUCGGUUCCAAAGGUGGAGACAUCAUCCUUUGGGACUAUGAAGUACUUUCUAAAACCUAUUUCAUAAAAGGGGUGGGAGCUGGAGGGGCCAUCACAGGACUGAAGUUUAACCCUUUUAACCCUAGUCAGCUGUACACUUCGUCAGUUGCUGGCACUACCAUCCUGCAGGAUUUUAAUGGCAAUACUGUCCAGGUCUUCACCAGCACCGAGGACUGGGAUUGCUGGUACUGCAGCGUUGAUGUUUCUGCGAGCUGCCGCUCAGUGGUGACAGGUGAUAAUGUGGGCAACGUGGUCCUGCUCAGCACUUCUGGUGACAAGAUUUGGAAGCUGAAAUUGCACAAGAAGAAAGUGACUCACGUGGAGUUUAACUCCCGCUGUGAGUGGCUGUUGGCCACAGCGUCUGUGGAUCAGACAGUCAAAAUCUGGGACCUCAGAAACAUUAAAGACAAAACGAAUUUUCUUCAUGUGCUUCCUCAUGACAAGCCUGUCAAUGCAGCUCACUUUAGCCCAACAGACAGUGCCAAGCUCCUGAGCACAGACCAGCACAGUGAAAUCAGGGUUUACUCAUCUUCAGAUUGGACCAAGCCACAGCAUCUGAUCCCACAUCCCCAUCGGCAGUUUCAGCACCUCACGCCUAUUAAGGCAACGUGGCAUCCUCGCUAUGACCUCAUUGUAGCAGGUCGCUACCCAGACCCUAAGUUCCCAGGGCACAUGGUGAAUGAGCUACGAACUGUUGACAUUUUCGAUGGAAACACCGGGCAGAUGGUUUAUCAACUCCAUGAUCCAAAUGUUUCCGGUAUCAUCUCGCUCAACAAAUUUAACCCUAUGGGAGACACGCUGGCUUCUGGCAUGGGCUUUAAUAUUCUGAUCUGGAGCCGGGAGGAGAUGGUGACCAGGAAGCAAGAACAUCUUCUGAAAGACAUGAUAGAACGGAGGAUUGGAGGCUGGAGUUUGCCCAGAUUUGGAGGGCAGAGGCCGUCAAACCCUGGGACAAGCAAACGCAAAGCGAACUUAACUGUCUUGGGAACUGGAGGAGAUAGAACAAAAAGCAACGAUUCUACAUCACAGGGAAGGAAGCAGAAAGGGAAGGAUCUAGAGAACUGAUUUAGUAUUUUGGUCCUUUCUGGAUCACAGGGUACAAAUUCAGUGUUGGCAAUGGGCAGUAUGAGCCAUGCAGGGCAUUAGACUUCUACUUUGUCCUUCCUCCCUGGAUCUGAUUUGGCUUCCCCGAGUCUCUUUGAUUCCCCUUCUGAGAAGUUGUGUCAGUAUUCAGUUCUUUCUCCAAGUGGAAUUACCACCCAUUUUCGGAGGCACUAGGAAAACUUCAAAGAUGAUCUCAGAUCCUGCUGAAGCUACAGCUUCCAGCUUGCCACAUCUGCUUGUCAUCACUUGUCAGAGGUCACUGUCUUUGUAGUCUGCUGCAGAGCAGCUUUGUGACAGGGUCCCCAGCCUGUUCUAGUCAAACUGAGCUGAGAAACCCUUUGCUAACAAGAAUAACGUCCUGCAAAGGUAGACUGUUCACAGGGGUAAGGUGAUGGGUGGCUUGGGUAGCCUGGGGAACACCAGCCUCUCCCAUAAGCUUCUCGCAGAAUGUGCAUUUGUCAAGACCUCAGGUCUGUGCUUGCAGCUAUUUAACUAGACCACAAAGAAUAUGAUGAUGCCAGAGCUCUUUACCUGUCUCAUGGGAUGCAAGGGCAAUAUAGUGCUGGGAACCUACUGAUUCUGUAGUUUGUUUUCAGAGCUCUAGGCUUUUUGUUGCCACUGAUUAGUUAAUUUUUUUCAUUCAUGCCUAUGUGCUUCAGAAUGUUGGAUAAAAGUGUUGUAAAGCAGAAACAAGGGAUUUCUUCCAAACACCCUUGCUCAGAGCCAGGUUUCAAGACUGCUGUUAAACUGAAAAGUUUUGCUUUUUUUAGUUUGUUUACAAGGCAAGCCUUGCUGCUGUCCCAGAGGUUGAUGGAUGGGACAGACUCCAGGCCUGCUCUCUAUGUUCUCUAUGUUCACUUUUACAGUUUUGCAGUAUUGGUAUUAAUAAAGUUUUGUACUAAACUAAAAUUCUUUGAUACAGAGAGUGGCUUACUCUGAGCAUUCUGCUAAACUGCUUUUGUAUGGGGGAGGAAGGUACAGACCUUUCUGCAGGAGGGCUAAGAGACUUAGAACAGGGGUGGAAAUACCAGUCAUAGCACUGUGUCUGCAGCGGACCCUUCCAUGCUGGACGGGUUGCAUUACAUUGCUGCAGCCAGAAGUAGUUUAUCUAUUCAAUUCUCACUCUGCUGUGAAAAGGGAUUGUAAAUCAGGGGAUUCCUUUGGGAAGGGGUAUACUGCAGCAAGUUCUGCUGGUUCUCCAACACUGAGCACACUGGUGCUGGCCCUCUGAACUCCUAGAGAAGAAGAGUAGUACUGUUCAGUGUGAAUUUGAUUUUAAUAAUGAAAAGGAAAUGUAUUGGAACAGUUACAGAAAGUCAUUCACAGUCAAAAUGUCUAAAUCAUCAUAGAAACCUUUCCUCUGUGUGUGCAAAAUCUGCCGUCUUUAAAAAGUAACAGGUCUGGUCCUCUUAAAUGCACUUUCUAUUACAUCUUUCCUGUGCCUGUUCUCACAGGCAGGAGCUUUUUCUUUAUGACUGUCUUGCUGUGCAGGGACCUAGAUUGUAUCUUCAGAGGACAAAAAGGUGAGGAAGAUGCUGAGAACAGCAAGCUG